AGGUUGGAAGUAGGAAGUUGGAAUUCCUUUCGGACCUUCUGGUAGAUGAUGUGAGUUUGUUUUUACGAUGGCUAUAACUUAGAAUGCAAAAGGAGAUGGUAGAAACAGAUUUAGAAACAGAGAAGGCUGCAUCUGUGGGGAUUACUGACAUUCAAGGCAGAAGCCAGGGACAUCGCAGGGAGCCAUCUUUCUCAGGUUGGUGUGAUGAGAAUGGGAUCAUUCAUUCAACUCAUUCUUCAGACAAUGCUGAUGCAAACAUAGAAGAUUCUGAUUUUGAAUUACCUUUGCUUGAAGGAGAAGGGCCAGAUAGUGAAUGCUUAGGUGGUGUUGGACAAAAAUUCACGAAAUUUCAGAAGAGAAGUAUGCAUAUUCAUGAAGGUCAUUCCAUUAAUAACACAGCUUCCUAUAUCGAAGGGAAUGGAAAUGAGACAAACUAUGUGUCUUGUAAUAUUGAAAAUGGCUCUGAGAGCCAACAGAAAGUUUCACAUUUUAAUGUGGAUGGCACUGCUUCAAGGGGAACACAUAAAACAGUACCAGAUACUCAAAGCCCUAUAUCCGUAGUCAUUAUUCUUAAGACGCUGUUUUUCGUACUUGUAUGGUAUGCUUUCAGUACUUGUUUAACUCUAUAUAACAAAACACUUUUAGGAGAUAAGUUAGGAAAGUUUCCUGCUCCAAUGUUGAUGAACACCAUCCACUUUGCAAUGCAAGCUGUUCUGUCCAAUGCUAUUACAUGGUUUUGGGACAAAAGGUUUCAACCCAGAGUAGCAAUGUCAUGGAGGGAUUACUUUAUGCGAGUUGUGCCAACAGCUCUUGGAACUGCACUGGAUGUAAACCUGAGCAACGCCUCUCUAGUUUUCAUCACUGUCACAUUUGCAACUAUGUGUAAAUCUGCAUCUCCUAUUUUUCUCCUCCUUUUUGCUUUUGCGUUCAAGUUGGAGACUCCAAGCAUUAAACUUCUUGGCAUCAUAUUAAUCAUCUCUGUUGGAGUUCUAUUGACCGUUGCAAGGGAAACAGAAUUUGACUUUUGGGGUUUCAUUUUUAUCAUGUUUGCUGCUAUUAUGGCUGGCUUUCGAUGGUCCAUGACUCAGAUUCUUUUACAGAGAGAAGUCUACGGUUUAAAGAAUCCUCUUACAUUGAUGAGCUAUGUGGCUCCAGUUAUGGCAGUAGCAACUGCUCUACUCUCUCUUACAACGGAUCCUUGGGACGAAUUCAAAAAGAACAAGUACUUCAAUGAUUUAGGGCAUGUUAUUCGAAGCACCCUCCUAAUGCUUUUUGGUGGAACCCUUGCCUUCUUUAUGGUUUUGACAGAAUAUAUUCUUGUCUCAGUAACCAGUGCAGUAACUGUAACAAUUGCAGGGGUUGUCAAAGAGGCUGUUACUAUUUUGGUCGCAGUGCUUUACUUCCAUGAUCAGUUUACCUGGUUGAAAGGGAUUGGGCUUGUUAUAAUCAUGGUUGGUGUUGGUUUAUUCAAUUGGUACAAAUACCAAAACCUACAGAAGCACCAUGAAAUUGAAAAUGAUGAAGCAGGAUCUGUCUCCACGAACGUUGCUGCAAGAUAUGUUAUCCUAGAAGAGAUGGAAGACCAAGAUGAUGAUGCUUGACUUUUCCUGUGAUCAGCUUGAUUUAAUGAACUAAUGUGAGUCUUGCUGGAUGCUUACUUGAAUGAACAUCAUGAAUUGCCAAAAUUGAAUUUGAAGCCUUGUCGUUGUUUUAAUUUUGUUUCCUUACAACCUUGCACCUUG